GUUAGGAUUGCUCUUCUUGAUACAGGCGUUGAUCUGACACAUCCUGAAUUUGAAGAUUACCUGCGGAACGGCCAACUGCACGCUGGUAUUGAUCUCUAUGACCAAGGAAACAAACAUGGCGUCGUGGACCUUGAUGGACAUGGGACGCAUAUGUGUCACACGCUGCUGAGAACAGCGCCCUUUACAAGAGUGUAUCCGACAAGGUUACACAACUGUGCCCAGAGAAAGGUCCACAUUACUAACAUAUAUAGGGCUAUCCGCUAUGCCGUUAAGGUGUGGGACGUGGAUAUCAUCACCAUGUGUUUCGCUUUCACCAACGACCAAGCCGAGAUUGAAGAUGCUAUGGACGCCGUUCAGAAACAGAAAGAGGUGCUCAUACUCGCUGCAGCAUCCAACAACACCGCCCUCGAGAGUGAGCCAGUCGGGUUUCCAGCCCGCGCAUCAGAGCACGUUAUAUGUGUCAAUUCAUCUUCGGCUGCAGACAUGAAGUCAAACUUCAGUCCAGAAGGCAUUGAUGGUCAGGCAAAUCUCAGUGCAGUGGGUGAAGGUAUCAAGGCUUCCUGGCCACUGCUUCUGCAGAGUCACAAUUCCAAUCAGCCCUACAAAAUCUUGGAUGGGACUUCAUCCGCCACUAUCAUUGCUGCAGGUAUUGCCGCCUUGAUUUUGGACUUUUCUCGAUACAACGGCCUUACCUUAAGGGACGACGAACUGAAGAGUUGGAACAAGAUGAAGACCAAACUCCAGAAGACCGAUGAUAUGCGGAUGGUGAUCUGGAAAUGCAUGACGCAUAAGAAGGGAGGAUGUGGCUACAAUUUCAUUAAGCCU